AUGCUGGUUUAUGUUCUUCUCCUAUGUUAUUUGAUCACCACCACCGCUGUAGAUGUAUCUGUACCGGAAAACCCUUGUAAUCUCCCAAAAGAAAUAGGGUUGUGUAAAGCAGCUAUCCCCCGUUUCUUCUACAACAGCCGCACUGGAGAGUGUGAAGAGUUUACUUAUGGGGGUUGUGGAGGAAACGGGAACAAUUUUGAAACAAAGGAAAAGUGUUUGAAAGAGUGCAAAAAGGAAGAAGUUCAUGAUUGCUGUCUUCCGAUGGAUACGGGACCAUGCUUUGCUUUAUUUCGUCGCCAUUACUAUGAUAAAGUCACCAAGAAAUGCAAGAAAUUUAUCUACGGUGGGUGUGCUGGAAACGGAAACAACUUCACCUCUAAGAAGAAGUUCUUUUCCCUCCCCAAUNGUUCUGAUGAAAACAAAAAAGUUUUCGAGGUAGCUGAGGUAGAAAAAGGAUACAGGCUCGUUGAUCUAAAGAGCUUCUCUUCUGUGCUCUCAACUUUACACAAAUGCGAAGAAGGAGACCUUACUAUUGAAGAAAAUACCGCUAGCCGUUAUGGACUGAUGUCAGAUCUCUCCAUUCACUGCAAUUCUUGUGAUGAAAGUACUCCUUGGCAGACAUCACCCAACCUUGCCAAGAAAGGCAAAUCAUUUGAUGUCAACCGGAGAGCUGUCUACCACUCAAUAGAAACUGGAAGUGGCUACGAGGGACUCUCUUCUUUCUGUGCGAUAAUGAACAUGCCUUGUUUGUCAAGAGCUGCUUACUACAAGCAAGUUGAUGUAAUUUUGGAAGCACUGGAAAGUGAAGCAAAAGAAGAACUAAAAGGUGCAGGCCAAAGGCUCCGAAAGCUAAUCAUGGAGGAAAAUGGCAUCUCAGACAGCACCACAAUAAUUGAUGCUGCUGUUAGCUUUGAUGGCACUUGGGCCAAAAGAGGUUUCACAUCACUAACAGGUGUUGUUUUCGUCAUCUCAAUUGACACAGGAGAAGUUUUAGACUAUCACGUGAUGUCUAAAUCUUGCCGUAAGUGCUCCCUAAAGAACUCACAAUGUGAAGGGAAUGUGGAAGAGUUUGAAGAAUGGAGGAGGGAGCAUGUUGCAUCUGGAGAUUGUGACAUCAACUUCGAAGGCAGUUCACCUGCUAUGGAAGCAGAAGGAGCUUCUGUUCUUUGGAAUAGAUCCAUCGAACUUCAUAACAUGAGGUACAAAUGGAUGGUGUCAGACGGGGACAGUAAGGCCUUUAACACUGUUCAACAUGCCUAUGAUGACUGUGAAGUUAUUAAACUGGAUUGUGUAGGCCAUGUGCAGAAAAGGAUGGGCAAACAUUUAAUGAAUUUGAAGGCAUGCAGUAAGGGUAAACUUGCUGAUGGAAAACCUAUAGGAGGGCGUGGCCGGCUUACAGAAGGAAAGAUCAAGCAGCUUCAAAGGUACUAUGGCCUAGCAAUCCGGCAAAACACCUUGACCAAGGCAAAUCCCUCUGAACGGGAGGUUGACAUUGCAGUUUAUGGUGAUUCAUCAUGGUGCAAAUGGCAACAGGACCAGGCAACAGGAACCAGUACCUACAAAGGAGAUGACUGUUUGCCCGAAGUCUUCGUGGAGACUCUAAAACCCACAUUUGUGUCAUUAAGUGACAGUAAACUUUUAGAAAGAUGUGUACGAGGAAAAACCCAGAACCCAAAUGAAAGCAUCAACGCAAUGGUUUGGGUCCGGUGUCCCAAACAUAAACACCAUGGAGUGAAAGUUGUCCGGUGUGCUGCUGCGUCUGCAGUCUGCCACUUCCACAGAGGUGCAGAAAGCAGAGAAAGAUUGAUGGAAAGGCUUUCAAUUCCUGGAGGUGCAUUUACUGAGGAUGCAUUUCGACUAAGAGAUAAUUCAAGGCUUCGGAAAGCUGAUAAGCAGGCAACGGCCAAGGAGAAGAAGCGCCGGCAGGGAUUGCAGCUUAUCCGUACUCAAAGAGAAGCGGCUCUUCGUGAAAAAGAAGAUGUUUUAUAUGAAGCUGGGGCAUUCUAACUCUUGCUCUUGCCUAUCCUAAUUAUAUUUGAACUUAUGGCUACUCAUUGACUUCAUAAUUUGAAUACAGGAGGUGUUUAAUUUUAAAAUCUUGUAACUUUAGGCCUUUUUUUCUCAAAACGUAUUUUUUAAUACUUGAGAAAAGAUUACUCAAGAAGUAUGAGAGCUAUGGACCUGAAAUUUUUAGGGAUUGCUGAUCUAAUUGAGUUAUUUGGGAUGAGUGAAGGAAAAUGCCAUAGAGGUCUUUCUAAAGAAAUGAUUAAACAAAUAGUGAUCAUGUGUUAGAUGUGUAACUUGACACCAGUGCUGUGAUGUCAAAUUUAAAAAAUUCUUGAAAUCCUUCACUCAUCCCAACAAGUAUUCAAUAUUGUUUAGAAUAACAGCAAAAUAUUGGUAUUUCAUUGAAACAGUUUCUAACAAUCUUUACUCAAGUACAUAUAGGUGAGACACUACAAGUUGUUAAUUGAAAUGACCGGUGUCAGGUUACAUUUGCUGCAGGUGUGACAUAACACCUUUUUUUGAAAAAUAUAGUUCAUAAGCUUUCCAGUGA